AUGGUGGAGAAGCUCUGGGCAACAGCCUGGUGCGGCUGGUGGUGGUGGUGGUGCAGCGCCGACUGCUGGUGCGGGAUGUGGGCGGGAUGUGCAGGGUGCAGCGGCGGCAGAUGGUGGUCCCGCCCGGUGAACUUCGUCGUGACGACGUCCUUAAAGUGCUGCAGGAAAGUCGUCGUCUUGAGGCCGGUAUCUUCCAACUGUGGCGAGAGCAAAUCCAAGAUGCAGCCGUUUCCAGAGCUCUACGAGCUAAAAAAUGAAGGACAGUAUUGUCUUAUUAGUUCAGGAAGAGAUAUAGAGGUAACAUGUUUUGCGGAGUUUACAAAUAUUAAGUGUAACCCCUUGGAUUCUGAGUUCGAUGAAUUUGAAUACUGCUUAUUAAAAUCUGUAAAUCGAAGCUACAAGUACUUUUCCCUAAAAGUGAAACUGUUAAAAAUUCCAAUCACCAAAGUGAAGGUAAAUUUUGCUUUGUUAAAAAAAUUUAAUGGAUAUAAACCGUUUCUAUAUAAUAUCACCGUGGAUGCCUGCAAGACUCUCCGAAAUCCCAAGUCGAGUCCUAUAUUCGCUUACUUUCACGACGCCUUUAAAAGUUUCUCCAACAUGAAUCACACCUGUCCAUUCGAUCACGACAUUAUUGUAGAUAAGCUUACUAUAAAUCACGUGGAUUACCAAUUUAGUACAGUGCUUCCCUUUUCCAAAGGAGAAUACCUUUUUCACACGGAAUGGUAUGCGUACGAUGUCAACCGAGCAAUAGUAGAUGUAUAUUUUAAUCUUUAUUAA